AUGCCGUUUGCGAUCCGAGCGCUGCGCACGGACGAAGUGGACACUUGGGUGGCGCAUUGUACGGAGGUGUUCAAGCAUGAUUCGUCCGCGUACUUCGUAUCCCAUUUGCAAGAUGAUUCCAGUGCGCUGGAGGACAUGAACAACAUCCUUGUGGCAGAUGAAGAUGGCACCAUUGCUGCAACAGUUCGAGUGAUCCCGCGCAGCCAGUUCAUCGGAGGGCGCGUGGUUUCCAUGGGUGGAAUCGCGGAAGUGUCCACCAAGGAAAAGUUCCGUGGGAAGGGUUUGGCAUCGAAACUUCUCCGAGCCGCCAUCGACGGACCGCUGGCUUCAGUAGACGUCUCGGCGCUCCACACAGAUGCCGAUCGGUUGGGUGGCUUCUACGGCAAACUGGGCUACACACCCAUGCCAUUGAGGAGCGUGUCUAUCCCCGUCAACCUUCCCUUGCCACCGCUUUCUCCACAGCUCCACAUCGCACCACUCACCGACCUCGCCAUCCACUCAAGCGCCUUGCUGCGCCUAUACCACACUGUGUCGUCCAAGUUCAAUGGACCUAUUCAGCGGACUGAGGCAUACAUCUGCCAAUGGAUUGCAGCCCGCCAUCGCCGCGACCACAUCCAAGCUGUUGGUGCCUGGAAUGCCCAGGGCCAAUUGGUCGGGUAUGUUUUCGGCCGGACCAAGUUACGAACAAACGACAACACGAUCCUCGUCGACGAAUUGAUCGUACCCGACUCACUCCCCGAGUCGCACGCCGUGGCCGUCCAUUUGCUGGCAGCCCUCGCGACCACUCCAGGCCCCUGUGCGUUUGUCGUGUCCAAUCUGCCCGUCCCCGUCGCCAACGAAUUGGGAUUUCUCCCCACGGCCAUCCCGGAAGACGUCGUUAUCUCGGAAGAUCGAGGCAGCUUGUAA